UACAUUCAUAAUCGAAGGUCACAGUAAUAAGUCCCGCAUAUAAGUUGACUCGAGUAGGUUCACCGAGUUCACUCUCCAUCAGCCCGAGCUCCAUCCCAUUCCGCUGUCUCUUUCAUCAGCCCAUUGUGUGUGAUGAUCGCGCAUGAGAAACCAUCUACAGUAUCAGGAGAUGUUAUAAGGUCCGCCUACGUCAUCCUCCGCGUGCCAUAGGAGCAGAAAAAAACGCGACCAGCCAUUCAUGCUCGCGCGUGCGGCUCCGUCAGGUUACUAUGCCACCGUCCUCCCGUCGACGCUACCUGAGGGCGUCCUUUCUUCCCGGACUGCGGCGUUUGGAUGCUGUGUUCUUGGCCAAUAAGUUCCACUGCAUUAUGCUGAAGUUUGAAAGUAAUGCCCGAGGAUGUUAAGUCGCCCGGAAAGCCGUGGUUGGGCGAAGGAGCGCGCGUCCUUUGUGCGUUCAUUCAUCAGCUGCUUCCCUGCUGCUUUGUUUUGAAGAGAGGCGGUGGUCAGCCGCGUGGAGCUCAUCUGGAAGGUGAUCUACUCAACAUGAGUCUGCAUGGAGCCAGUGGAGGAGCAGGAGCCCUGGAGCAGCACAGAGAGAGGAGGAGGUCUGGAGACCGCUCCAGAGACUCUUCACAUGACAGAGGAGAGGGUCAGCUCACUCCUUGCAUCAGGAACGUCACCUCACCCAUACGCCAGACCCUCGGCGAGCGUGAGCGGGACUCAGGCUGCUCAUCGCGCUCCACCAGUCCCAGGCCUCAGAAAGCAUGCUCCUCCAGUCUCUUCUACACCGACUCCCAUGGAAAAACCCACAGCUCCGACAUGAUCUAUGUCUGCGAAAACCUCAAAGAGGGCCCUCGCAGUUUGAGGACUGCUGAAAGAGUCACUCUGAUUGUAGACAACACUCGUUUCGUGGUCGAUCCAUCCAUCUUCACCGCUCAACCCAACACCAUGCUUGGCAGGAUGUUCGGAUCUGGACGGGAACACAACUUCACGCGUCCUAAUGAAAAGGGAGAGUAUGAGGUUGCAGAGGGAAUCAGCUCCACUGUGUUCAGAGCCAUUUUGGAUUACUAUAAAUCGGGGAUAAUCCGCUGCCCUGAUGGGAUCUCCAUCCCGGAGCUGAGAGAAGCAUGUGACUACCUCUGCAUCGCCUUCGACUACAGCACCAUCAAGUGCAGAGACCUCAGUGCCCUCAUGCACGAGCUGUCUAAUGACGGCGCACGGCGGCAGUUUGAGUUCUAUCUGGAGGAGAUGGUGCUGCCGCUGAUGGUGGCCAGUGCUCAGAGCGGAGAGAGAGAGUGUCAUGUGGUGGUGCUGACGGAUGAUGACGUGGUGGACUGGGAUGAGGAGUACCCACCGCAGAUGGGAGAGGAGUACUCACAGAUUAUAUACAGCACAAAACUCUACCGGUUCUUCAAAUACAUUGAAAACCGAGAUGUUGCCAAGUCUGUUCUGAAGGAGAGAGGACUGAAGAAAAUUCGAUUAGGCAUUGAAGGAUACCCAACCUACAAAGAAAAAGUGAAGAAGCGUCCUGGCGGCCGUCCCGAGGUCAUCUACAACUACGUCCAGCGGCCCUUUAUCCGCAUGUCCUGGGAGAAAGAGGAGGGCAAAAGCAGACACGUGGACUUUCAGUGUGUGAAGAGCAAGUCAAUCACUAACCUGGCUGCAGCGGCGGCAGACAUUCCUCAGGACCAGCUGGUGGUGAUGCAUCCUGGGCCACAGGUGGACGAACUCGACAUCCUCCCAAACCACCCACAGCCCAGCCAACAUUAUGAGCCCGAUCCUGACGCCUCGUCCCCAGCCAUCUGACCCUCACACACACACACACAAACACACACUCCACUGGUCCCGCUGCCAAGACCGCAUUGCCUUUCUAGUCUCUCCCGCCUUACACGAGUCUUCAAGACAAGCACUGCGGCAGCACACCUCCUCCAGACACUCUUUCCUGGACACAACUCAGCCAAAGCAGGUUUUGAUUUAUUUGAGUAGAUAAUCAAUGUUGAUAAUCACUCCUUACGUUCAUUAUUUAAGCAAAGCCAUGCACUGGGGGGAAAUGUACAAGUCAAUAGUAACUUUGUCCUAACAUUACAUUUUUUUUUUAGAUGAAAAAUUACAAUUUUGAGUUGUAAAAUACAAUUUGAAGAAACAAAAGUCAGAAUUAACCAGCUACUGCAAGACAAGUCAGAUGUGAAAAAGGUGCAAUUUUCAUUAUUCAGUCAAAUUAACAACAAUAAUAAUAGAACAAUUGCAAGAUGUAAACAUCUGGAGAAAAAAAACGUCAAAACUGCCAAUCUGAACUCAUAAAUUGGGUUUACGUCACACUUUUAACUCCUUGAAUUGCAGUAGCAAAAUUGCCAGAAAUGCAAAAUACAAUGAGUUUUUAACUUGCAACUGUUAGAAAAAAAGGAUAAUUUAGAGAAACAUGCAGUUCUGAAACUCGCAACGUUAAGUUGACAUGAAAAAAAGAAAGUUCCAAUUGGCGGAUAAAAGCUUCAUAGUUUGCUGUGGUAUAAAUAGAAGGAUGAAUGUGAUGUAUAGAGCUUCUUGUCCAGCAUGUGACCCACUUUAAAUUGUGUCUCACUCAGGCAGAGGAGAUCAUUGGACAAGGCAAAACACAACACAGUGAGUAUAGAAUGACAUGAAACGCAGAGGCUGCUGACUCAUCAAUAAACACAGCAACCAUCCAUAAGGUCAGUCACAAAUGUCAGGUGUAUCAGCUGCCUUAAUAAAGCUAUCAACUUACAUGUCACGACUCAAUUGUGAGACUCACAUAAUGGCCAAAAUAACCCUGCAACAUGUAAACUAUGAGCUUUUAACUUGCAUUUAGGAGAGGGGUUGUUAUGAUAUGAGUAUGAUGAUAUGAAAAGUAAUUCUGAUUUAAAGUCAUAAUGCAAGUUUAAACUAGAGCUUUCUAACUUAAAAACAAACAAUUGUGAUUUAUAAAAGUCCCAAUUAUCUUUUUUAUAUAUAUAUAUAUAUAUAUUAUCCGUGGACACCUGCUUUCAUAGAUUGUACUAUAUUUGUGGUGCUGUUUUGCUACUGCUGUUUCACUUUGCAAUAAAAAGAAAAGGAGCACAAUCCACUGAACAACCCUGCACAUGUCCUGUGAUGAAGCAGAAUGCAUUCGUUGUAGGUCUAGUGUGGUGGAGACGGUCUCACUGUGAUGCUUGGCCUCUGAACGAGUACUGAAGUGAUGUCACGUUUUUAUUGUACCGUACUUUUUAUUUUACUGUCAUUUGUAGCUGCAGUGCAGCGAGAGAGAGAGAGACGUUCCUCUACUGCACCGCUGACAAAUGUUAUUUUAAUAAAGCAUUGUUGGAUCAGUUAGACUCCUUUCUGAUCAUAGAAAUCAGUGUUUAUAGGCCACACAUCUAUCAAGAGUUUAUACAGUACUAUGAAAAUACUUUAAUAAAUACUUUGUGUGUAUUUUUGUCACAAUUUA